GUUGAGAUCUGCCGACGUGAAACCCAAAUAAAGAUGAUGGGCAACAGUCACGUUGAAACGAUAUGUAAAGCCCCAGCCUGGAUGAAGAUGUCGGUAUAAGUACAGUACCUUCGAGGUAGGACAUUUCUCCAUGCAUGAUCGCCCCAUAAGUAGGGGUCAGAAGCGAGGACGACCGAGCCUCGCAGCACAGCCCAGUCGACAUGGUUGGUUUGCUAGGUAUGACUUCACUGCAGGGGGGAAAUAAUUUUGAGCCGCAUUUUACCCAUAGCCUCACCGGGCGACGGCUGUGCGGAAUGUGGUCAUCGAAUCGUUCUGCCUCGUUGACCGGGGAAGCAGAUGCAGAUGAUGGUGUGUGGCUGCGCAGCUGUGGUGGAGCCAAUGGGCGACUGCCGUGUAAGUCGACAUGCGGCCGGUUCAUGUUGAGCACAGUUUCCCCUCAUUUUGCCCAAAAAAGUUUCUGUGUCUGCUUAGAAAGGUCCAGAACUGGUAACUUCGACGACAAGAAACCGCCCACUUUGAACAAAAACGAAGGCCAAAAGCUGUUGCUCUUGCCGGGAGGGCGAAACGUGAAUGCGGACCUGGUUAGGGUCCAAAUUGCUGACUCAGCAAAGUUUAGGUCACGUGCUGAAACGCUUUCUUGGAUUAAAACGGUAGACCUCGUAUCCGCUCAGUUUCUUACUAUACCGUUUCCCAACUCCGUUUUCCAUCUUUCCCACGGUGUAUCCUAACAUCGUCUUGUGACCACAUGUCCAUCAAUUCGUCCAUAAACGCGUUUACAAAUCUCAUUCCUAGCCAACCAAACGCGUUUGCCGCCUGCUCUAAACAGCUUGGCAAAUUGCAAGG